AGAUGGCAAGAGGUGAAAGUGUGUUUGUUUUUGAAAUUUUUGGCGUUUUUUUAAAAAGGGUCUUUUAAACACAGACGCCAGUAUGAGAUAUUACACGGCGAAUAACACGAUACCAGUUUGAUUUAAUGUAACAGGGAGCUAAAACGCGUCGCUAACGAUAGCACAAAAGCUAACCGGCUAGCUCGCUCAGCUGACGCCUGAUACUCAGCGUCCGGAGACAGAAACCCAGAAGCUGGACGCUCAGUAUCGGACAAUUAAUUGGUGACUUAAAGAGUCCUCAGUCGGAAUAAGUCGGUUUCUCUUGGGGCCAUAACGGAGAGCCUACAUUUUUCAUGUAUGCACUGGGGCCUGUUUCGACAUUUUAAUGGGAGGCGGUUUGCUUUGGAGGAUUGGACAUUGCGGGCACCAGUUGCAAAGAAAGCGGGGGUCCUGGCUCCCUAUCGGGCUCACAUGGAAUCUCUGGCCGGCUACGUGUACAAGGCAGCCAGCGAGGGCCGAGUCCUGACCCUGGCCGCGCUGCUGCUCAACCACUCCGAGGCGGAGACCCAGUACCUGCUGAGCUAUGUGACCCAGCUCGCCGGGCAGAGGUCCACUCCGCUGAUCAUCGCAGCCCGGAACGGCCACGACAAGGUGGUCCGACUGCUCCUGGACCACUACAGAGUGGACACGGAACAGACUGGCACGGUUCGCUUUGACGGCUACGUCAUCAAUGGGGCCACAGCGCUGUGGUGUGCUGCUGGAGCCGGGCACUUCGAGGUGGUGCGCCUGCUGGUGUGUCACCAUGCCAAUGUUAACCACACCACCGUCACCAACUCCACGCCCCUGCGGGCCGCGUGUUUUGACGGACGUCUGGACAUCGUACGCUACCUGGUAGAACACAACGCCGACAUAAGCAUCACCAACCAGUACAACAACACCUGCCUGAUGAUCGCCGCCUAUAAAGGCCACACAGACGUAGUAAAGUUCCUGCUGGAACAGGGAGCGGACGCCAACGCCAAGGCCCACUGCGGGGCCACCGCCCUGCACUUUGCAGCUGAAGCGGGUCAUCUGGAGAUUGUGAAAGAGCUGGUGCGUUGUCAGGCAGCUAUGGUGGUGAACGGACAUGGCAUGACGCCGCUGAAAGUGGCUGCAGAGAGCUGCAAAGCAGAUGUGGUGGAGCUGCUGCUGGCGCACGCCGACUGUGACCCUCGCAGCCGCAUCGAGGCCCUGGAGCUGCUGGGGGCCUCGUUCGCCAACGACCGGGAGAACUACGACAUCCAGAGGACGUACCAUUACCUGCGCAUGGCCAUGAUGGCGCGCUACCGCGACCCAGAAAACAUCAUCGCCAAGGAGCUGCUGCCGCCCAUUGAGGCCUAUGGGGGCCGGUCUGAGUGCCACACACUCCAAGACCUGGAGGCGAUCCAAGUGGACCGGGACGCUCUGCACAUGGAGGGGCUAAUGAUCCGGGAGCGAAUCCUGGGCUCUGACAAUAUUGACGUGUCACACCCCAUCAUCUAUCGCGGUGCCGUCUACGCUGACAACAUGGAGUUUGAGCAGUGCAUCAAACUGUGGCUUCAUGCGCUUCGUCUGCGGCAGAAAGGCAACCGGAACACGCACAAGGACCUGCUGCGCUUCGCACAGGUGUUCUCCCAGAUGAUCCACCUGAAGGAGCAGGUGCUGGCCUCGGCUGUCGAACAGGUGUUGAGCUGCAGCGUGGUGGAGAUUCAGCGCAGCAUGGCUCGAGUGGACUCGGCGGACGAAUCCGAGCUGCCUCAGGCCAUGGACAAUUACGAGUCAAAUGUUUUUACCUUUCUGUACCUCGCCUGCAUCUCCACCAAGACCACCUGCACCGACGAGGAGCGUGCCCGCAUCAACAAGCACAUCUACGACCUGAUCCAGCUGGACCCGCGGUCCCAUGAAGGCUCCUCUCUGCUCCACCUGGCCAUCAGCUCCAGCACGCCGGUCGACGACUUCCACACCAACGACGUCUGCAGCUUCCCGAGCGCCCAGGUCACCAAGCUGCUGCUGGACUGUGGCGCGCAGGUCAACGCCGUCGACAACGAAGGCAACACGCCGCUGCAUGUCAUCGUCCAGUACAACCGGCCCAUCAGCGACUUCCUGACGCUCCACGCCAUCAUCAUCAACCUGGUGGAGGCCGGCGCCCACACGGACAUGACCAACAAGCAGAAGAAGACGCCGCUGGACAAGAGCACCACUGGCGUGUCGGAGAUCCUCCUGAAGACACAAAUGAAGAUGAGUCUCAAGUGCCUGGCAGCGCGUGCGGUCCGGCAGCACCAGAUCACCUACCGCAACCAGAUCCCCAAGACGCUGGAGGAGUUCGUGGAGUUCCACUGAAACAGACCCGAGAGCUGAGUGCUCGACCGACUCUUUGUUCUUUUUAAAGAGUUUGUGAUUUUCUAACAAAUCCACGUGGUGCUGAGGAUGACGAUUUAGUACUUAAAGUUUUUGAGCAUUUUUAUAAUAAAAAAGUGGGUUGCUUUUUUUCUA